AGUGUCUCAUUGGAUCAAAACAUUCACUGACACUCCGAUGAUUUAGGUUUUAGAUAGACAAUUAAACUCGGAUCACUUAAGCCAAAAAUGUUUCGUAUUUUAGCCGUUGCAAUUACAUGCCAAGUCUUGGUCGUAGCAGCCGAUACUGAUAACACAGCUACAGUUACAAAAGAAGUAUUUUUGGACAUCAGUAUUGGCGGCCGACCUGCGGGGAAAAUCGUUUUGGGAGUCUUUGGAAAUACAGCACCAAAAACUGUGGCUAACUUUGUGGCUUUGGCUGAUCACGAGUAUGGUUUUGGAUACAAAGGAUCGACUUUCCAUCGUGUGAUAAAGAACUUCAUGAUUCAGGGAGGUGAUUUUACUAAUGGUGAUGGAACAGGAGGUAAAAGUAUUUACGGACAGUACUUUGACGACGAGAACUUCGCCAUCAAGCAUUACGGCCCCGGAUGGUUGUGCAUGGCUAAUGCCGGCGCCAACACUAACGGCUCUCAGUUCUACAUUACUCUCGUUAAGACACCUUGGUUGGACGGCAGCCACACUUGCUUUGGGAAAGUCUUAGAGGGAAUGGACGUUGUAAAGAAGAUUGCCCAAUCCCAAACAGACACCCAUGACAAGCCUAUAGAAUCGGUAACGAUUACCAAUAGUGGAACCAUUAACGUAUCAUCACCAUUUGAAACUCUUAAAGACGCCGUUGUAUAAAUAUUAAACUAUUUAACCAAAA